AUGGAUAAAAAGUCAUCCGAAGAUCUUGCUCGGGUUGAGCCUAUUAACCGUACCCCCUCGGUUAGCAAGGGUAUCACGCACUCGUGGCUCACAUACGCUUCGUCUUUCGGCCUCGUGCUAAUCUACGGAGGCGGCGUCACUACGUUGUUUGCGCCGCUCAUCGCCACUGUCACCCAGUGGAUUGUUUUUCUCGGCUUGGCUGAGCUGUGCUCUGCGUUUCCAUCUUCUGGUGGACAAUACCACUUUACGUAUAUCAUCGCACCGCCGAAAACUCGCAAUUUUGGCGCCUACGUUACAGGAUCGAUCAAUAUUAUCGCAUGGUGGAUCACAACCUGCUCCGGUCUAAUCUAUACAGCCAUUUCUGCCUUUGGAUGUGCUGCGGCUUGGUUCCCGGACUUUGCACAGCAACGUCACCAGGUCUACCUAUGCUACCUGGCUGUCACUGUCCUCUCAUUAAUUCCAAUCUACACCAUCAAACAGAGACACCUCGACUUUAUGACCGAAUCGAUUACAGGCUUCUCUCUCAUUGGAAUGGUAUUGACCAUUGCAGUGUGCUUAGGCAUGGCUGAUGGAGACUACGCCCCGGGUACAAUUAUGCUUGAGAACCGUGGCAUCAGUGGAUGGAAUGCUGGUACGGGCUGGCUCCUCUCCAUUGCUGCUGCACUUUACUGCUUCGCAGGGAACGGUGCGGUCACACAUAUCGCCGAGGAGCUACUCAGCCCAGGCCGCAAGCUUCCCCAAGUCUUGAACAUGAGUAUGGCCAUGGGUAUCGUCAUAGUUAUUCCCUUCGAGGUGUUUUACCAAGCCACUGGAAGCAAAGCCGCUGCAACUGGUCUGCAAGCUUACUUGACGUUCCUCUACUAUACAUUCAUUCCAAGUCAGUGGGUGACCUGCAGCCGUAUCACCUGGGCUUUUGCCCGUGAUCAAGGACUUCCGUUCGCCGAAUACUGGCAGCAUAUUGAUCCUAAACGUGGUAUCCCAUGGAGAACAACGCUUCUUUCUGCAGCAUUCUGCGUUCUUUACGGUUUGAUCUACGUCGCAAGCACAACAGCCUUCAACUCGAUUAUCAACGCAGCUUGCUUGAUGCUGAAUGUUUCAUACGUUAUCCCUCAAGGCGUCUUACUUACCCAAGGUCGCGAUAAGUUGCCACGACGUGCCUUCAGCCACGGUAAAUUUGGCUAUGCGGUCAAUCUGUAUUCGGUUGUGUUCAUGAUUGUUAUUGGUGUUGUCUUCUGCCUUCCGCAGACCAACCCAACAACUGCCGGCUCCAUGAACUAUAACGCCCCCGUCGUUGUUGGUCUCUUCAUCGUCAUUUGCCUUCUGUGGAUCGAGCGACGAUCCAAAUUUAAUGGUCCUCACAUUGACUGGGACUUACUCAACGAAGCUAAUGGGGAGGAAUGA